UAGAUGGGGGUCGGCGCUGAUUGGUCCGUAAAGUUUUAUGUAAUCAACAUUUCCCGCCAAAUGUGUGCAUGUGAUUGUAGCUUAGUUGUUAGGAGUGAACCGUGAAUUUAUUUAAAAUUAAAUAAUGUGGAAUUCGUCAGCUUUAGGUGGUGGAGGAAUGCGUAACUCCGUUUUUGAACAAGGAGGCUUUAUAAACGAUACCGUCGGUUCCCCCGGUUUUGGCUCGCAAAAUGAAAAACGAAAGGUUGAUAGAGUAAAUAAUGUAGUGCCUUGUACCAUUGCGCAAAUCUUGAAAGCACCGGAUAUGGAUGAACAUAUGAAAAUUGGAAGCAUGUCUGCUCAUAUUUUAACUGUUAUAGGUAUGGUGAAAUCAGUUGAUGAGCAAUCUACAAGGAUUGUCUAUACUAUAGAUGAUAUGACAGGUGCUCCUUUGGAAGUUCAAAUGUGGAUUGGGGAAAAUAUGGAAGUGACUAAUGAAAAACGAUCUUCAAUAAUGGAAAAUUCUUAUGUACGUGUUACUGGGUCCAUGCGCACCGUAAAAGGUAAUAAAUUAUUAAUUGCCUUUAAAGUAUCUCCUGUGAAAGAAGUAAAUGAAAUAACAAUGCAUCUGUUAGAAGUUUUACAUACAAAUAUGGCUGUUGCGGUUAUGGAUAGUCAGGCAGUUACACAAGGAAAUAAUGGCCUGAUAAAAAACAAUUUUGGAAUGGAAAAGUCAGCAUUUUCAAUGGGAAAUCAGCAAUGCAAUGUUACGAGUGGUCUCAAUAAACAGCAACAAUUGGUAUUUCAAGUUAUUUCAUCAGAUCAAAGCAUGGAAGGUGUAAGUUAUGACCAACUGUAUGCAUCUUUACAAACAUUAAGUAAACAAGUAAUCAGAGAUGCUGUGGAUUUUCUCAGUAACGAAGGUCACAUUUAUUCAACAAUUGACGACGACCAUUUUAAAUCAACAGAUAGCGGUUAAUUAAAUAUAACUAAAAAUAAAUUUGAGUUUGUAAAAAGAGUUAAAUAUUUUUUUAAAAUGUGUUCAGAAAAACUGAAUAAUACUUAUUAUUAUUCAACAAUAGUUGAAUUGUUGUUGUUAGCAUGUCAUAAUGUAUUAUAUAACUUGCACAAUACUUUACGUUUUGUAUUCAUAUAUACAUAAAUAUAUUUGUGUAAUAACCAUUAAUAAUAAAUAUAUUUUGAUUAAAAAUUUUCAU